AUGAUUUUCGCACUCAUUCCUCUCGCUGCCCUCAUCGCUCCAGCCUUCGCCGGCACCAUCAGUGCUCGCAAGGAAGAUAGCAUCCAAGCUCGCGACUGGGCUCCCUGGACCCCCGGUUGGAGCUGGCCCGGCACGUACAACACUUGCCAUCCCAGCAUUCCCGAAAAUUGUCCUUGUCUUACCCAGCCGGUCUGCAGCACCGACGGGUCGAUCAAGUGUCCUCAGUCCGGCGAUGACUACUCGACGUAUAAUUGGCGCCCGAUCUACGAGAAUUGGAACGGGUGGAACGGAUGGAAGAAGAAUCCGUACUCGACAGGAUAUGUCAACAAGGACACUUACGAGAUUGACUGCAAGAACCUGUGCUUGGCCAAUGAAGGAUGUAACUCCUGCCAGGUCUACACCCUCGAGGAAGCGGCUGAAGUUUUCAUUUGUGCGCUCUUCGAGGAGAUCCUUGAUCUCACGACCUGGGAGGAUGACUGUGACGACUGGAGCGACUGGAGCACCUGGGGCUACAAGCCGUCUUGGAGCUCUUGCUGGUCCCUUUAUUAG